CACAAAUAUCUCUAAGUGUUCAAUCAUGCACCAAUUUCUCUCUCUAUCUCCUUCUUCAGCCCCCUUUCUCCAAUAUUUUCAAUUUUGCAUUGCAUCAUGGUGCUCCAUUGAUGGGACUAUUAUAAUUUGCUACUUAUACACAUUGAAAAGCCCAACUGCUCAUUUCUUAGAGCUCUCGGCCCAGGGUUGUGUAACUGCUCAGUAAUGGCUACUGAGAAUCAAAAGAGUAGUUUUCCUUUCCAAGGUAUUCAAAAAGCAGCCAUAUGAGCUAGCCAUGGUUCUUCCUUUCCAUUCUCUAAACUAACGCAACCCCACUUAGAAUCUGUACUCACAAGGGGCCCAACCAGAGCCAAAGCCUUGAAAUUUUCUGUCUUCUCUCUCUCUCUCAAUCAAUCAAUCAAAAGCCUUCUCUUUCAAGACCCAUUGCCUCUCUUUUUGCAGAAGCUCUACUUCCUACAAUAAAAAAACGCUACCCAUUUUCCUUUUGGUAUCAAAGAAGCGGAAAAGCUUUAUGCCCACCUAUUGUUUUUCUUAAUGGAACCAGAGGAAGAGAGAGAAAAAAAGGUUCCGGAUGAAGAGAUAUGGGACAGAGAUGGAAAAGCUUCAAGCCCCUCUGCUGAUACUCAGAAACUUACUUUCAUAGAGGAGAGAGAAAGAAGGGCUCCAGAGGGGGGGAGAGAGGAGAGAGGGAGAAAGGGAUCGAGUCCAACAACUGAUAUUCAAAAACCCACCUUGUCAAUGGAACCAGAAGAGAAAGAGGGGAGGAGACUGAUUUUGAGCGCAACUCCUUAUACUCAGAAUCUCACUUUCAUAGAGGAGAGAGAAAGAAGGUCUCCAGAGGGGGAGAGAGAGAAGAGAGAGAGAAAGGGUUCGAGCCCAACAACUGAUAUUCAAAAUCCCACCUUGGCAAUGGAACCCGAAGAGAGAGAGGAGAGGCCGAGAAGGGUUUCGAGCCCAACUCCUUAUACUCAAAAACCGACCUUGUAUUCCAUUAUGGAGGCCCAACAUGAAGAAAAACCUGAAGAUAGACAGAACCAAUCUCCAAAUCCCUCCUCUCCUGUUAUUAAUGCAAUUAUGAACAGAUCUAGCAGAGAUGAUUUGCCGGUCAUGAUGAAAGCUCAGUCUGUUUCUGGUGAUAUCAUGGGGCCAUCAAUCGAUGGUCAUCGUGGUGCUUCGCCAGUGGUUUCCGGGAUCAUUAGGCGAUCAAAGAGAGGGAAAAUUUUGAACAAGGCAGCCUUUGGAUUGAGGGUUUUUGCUGCCACAAUUUCCUUGAUUUCUCUCUCUGUUAUGGCUUCAGAUAAGCAGAGUGGGUGGAGUGGGGAUUCGUUCUUUCGAUACAAAGCAUUGAGGUAUUGUUUAUCGAUGUCGGUUAUAACAUUUAUAUACUCGAGCUUUCAAGUGUUUAGACAGGUUCACCAAUUUGCAACCAGAAGGGACUUCAUCAAGCCCCCGAUAAGCUACUACUUUGAUUUCUCCAUGGAUCAGAUUCUCGCAUAUUUGCUUAUCUCCUCAUCUUCGGCAGCCGCUUCCUUCACUGAUGACAUGCAAAGCUAUUGGGGAAAGGACCCUUUUACAACCUUGGCUGGUGCGUCGGUUGCCAUGGCCUUCUUGGCAUUUGCAGCUCUUGGUCUUAGCUCUCUUGUCUCGGCUUUCUACCUCUUCAAUCGAUAUCAUUGAAAUAUUUCAAUCUCUCUCCCUCAUCAACUGAUACUGUUAGAAAUAUUUUUAUCCCACUUUUCCCUAUUCUUUGUUAUAAUCACCCCUCUAGCCACCCAACCCCCAGCAGCGGUAAUCUCUUCCUUUCGCCCCCCCCUCCCCCUUCUCUCUCUCUGUCUCUCUCUCUC